AUGGCAGAUGGUCGCGGCCAUCUCUUGCACGCCUUGCCGAAUCCGCUCUUUCCGAACGGCAGCCCCAAUAGUCAGAUCGCAAGCGGCCUCUUUCUGAACUCGUUUUUCGUUACCCAACUCAUCGCUGCCCAGCCGCCGUCUCUCUCCAAAACCCCGGCCCUCGGCUCUGCGAGCCAGAAUAUCCGCGGCAUGUACGGUCAGAACCACCAACAGGGGCACACCCGUAUGAAUGGCGCGCCGGCCCGGCAGCAGCCCAUGCCCAUGCUGUACAACUUCCAGCAGCAGGCGGCUCAUGGACACCAAGCCCACCCCCAACACCAUCAAGCGAUUCAACCAGACCACGGCGGCCAUGGCGCCAGCACGGGCAUCAUGGGCCAUUCGGCCUUUUCAAGCGGCGUCUUGCCAAACGCCAGCCCCUUUUCCGGUAGCGCUCUGCAGAACGGAGCCACGUCGAGGGGUGGCCAAACCCAGCAGAUCAACGAACACUGGGCGGAACAACUCCGGCUGCACAAGGAAGCCGAACGGGCACAUGCCGCUAUGACGGAGCAGCACCAACCCCACUACUAUGCGAGGUUAAAAGCGGGUGAAAAUAGGGGCAUCGGCGGCGCCGCCCUCAGCAGCGGGGGUGCGGCACCCGCUGUUGAUGGCGAGGAUGACCGAAGAAGACCGUGGAGCUUAGACAAGUCCAACAAGCGACAGGACUGGCACAACCUGGACAUGAGUGGCCAAGGGUUGCGUGUUCUUGCGCCCCCAUUGUUCCACUACGAGUUCUUGCAGGAGCUCUACAUUGCCUCCAACAGAUUGACCUACCUUCCCGCCGACAUUGGUAGGCUCCGCCAUCUCCGCCUCCUCGAGGCCUCGAACAACCUCAUCUCGGAGCUUCCGCCCGAGAUUGGCAUGUGCACUAACCUCAAGUCGCUCCUGCUAUUCGACAACCAGAUCCGCGAUCUGCCCUAUGAGGUCGGUUCGCUGUACCUCCUGGAGAUGCUUGGCAUCGACGGGAACCCUCUCAACCCCUCUCUCAAGGAGGAGAUCAUGGAACGCGGCACAAAGAGCCUUGUGAACAUGCUCCUUGAGCAAGCUCCAGUGCCCAUGCCCCCCAUACCGAGAAAACCGGUCGUGGUGCAAGAGGACGUGUCAGCGAAUCUUGAGCGGAUCAAGAUCCUCACCUGGAACAUACUCUGCGACAAGUAUGCAACUACUACUUUGUACGGUUACACGCCGACCGGCGCGCUGUCGUGGGACUACAGAAAGGAAAGAAUCAUGCAGGAGAUCCGUGAUCGGGAUGCAGACUUCCUCUGUCUCCAGGAAAUUGCCACGGACGUUUUCAGGGAAUUCUUCAGUCCCGAGCUCGCUCAGGAUGGUUACAAAGGGGUACAUUGGCCGAGGCCAAAGGCCAAGACCAUGUCUGAAAAGGAUGCCCAAGCUGUCGAUGGUUGUGCAACCUUUUACAAGGCCAACAAAUGGAUCUUGCUUGACAAGCAGCUCAUCGACUACGCGAACAUUGCCAUCAACCGCCCGGACAUGAAGAAUCAGCACGACAUCUUUAACCGGGUGAUGCCCAAGGACAAUAUUGGCAUCAUUUGCUUCUUCGAGAGCAGACAGACUGGAGCACGUGUCAUUGUCGCAAAUACGCACUUGGCGUGGGAACCGACGCUUGCCGACGUCAAGCUGGUCCAGACGGCCAUUCUCAUGGAGAACAUCACGAGACUGGCCGAAAAGUACGCCAGGUGGCCGCCACUCAAGGACAAGAAAAUGAUCCAGAUGCCACUCGAAGAGGGAGAGCAAAGGGCGGACGUGCCCGAGCCGGGCCCGUCACAAGAGUACAGGAACAACACCGACAUACCGCUGCUCGUCUGCGGCGACUACAACUCAACCUCGGACAGCAGCGUGUACGAGCUCCUCUCCAAGGGGCGCGUCGGGCCCAGCCACAACGACUUUGGCGACCACCAGUACGGCAGCUUUACCCGCGACGGUGUCGAGCACCCCUUCAGUAUGCGCUCCGCCUAUGUCCACCUAGACGGCACUCCCGACGAGCUCACCUUCACCAACUACGUGCCAGGCUUCGCCGAGGUCAUCGACUACAUCUGGUACUCGACCAACACGCUUGAGGUCGUGGAACUGCUGGGUCCGCCCGACCGCCACCACCUUAAGCGCGUGCCGGGCUUCCCCAACUACCACUUCCCAGCUGACCACAUCCAGAUCAUGGCUGAGCUGGUCAUCAAGGCCAGAAAGGACAAGAAAAUGGUGCCGGAGCCUGAUUUUGGAUCGGGGAACGGUGACCGGAGAGGUUGA